UUCGCCCUUGCCAGUUGACGAAUCUCAAGGUUAUGCCGUAACGCAACGCUUUGGUGUGUUUACAUUUUCUCACCAGAAAAGUCGUUGGUCAGUAUUUUUUAAACUUACAUAUGUUAGCUGUACACUAAAGUUAAGAGUUGUGUCACUUGAUGAUUUAAUUUGUUAACAGGUAUCAGGAUCAGUGUACAUGUUGACACGCAAACUGCAAUAACUAUGACAGGUGAAGCGUCAGUGCAUUCAGUCUUGUCCCAUAAUGAUCUGUGAAUAAAAGUUAGCCGUUACCUCAAGAUAAGGCAUUAGUACCGUCCGGUUGCUGCUAAAUUGUUUAGAACUGUACGAGCAUCAUAGCACUCACUUUAUAGUGAGCUUCCACUCAAUUAGAUACAAAUGUGUUCAUCAUGGCUUACACAGCCCUAAGGAAGUUUUAUUUAAAAACUACGUAUUUGCGGCAAGCACGUGCUUGAAAGAUAACACCAAGAAAAAGUACAGGGAAUAAAGUUUUGGGUCAUCUGCCAUUUGUAUUUUAGUUUACGAAGUUGAACCUAUUUACUUAAUUUUACGGCAGGCUAAGAGGUAGUCUAAUCUGGAAGUAUGGAGUGCUAAGUAAUAAACCCCCUCAUGGUGUGUACUCUCCUCUUCUAACUGGUUCAGAACAACUCACUGAGUAAAUAAGGGAUGUUAAAGUGUAAAGUUCAGUAAAAUAUCCGUAGCGUACUGGCUUUCCUUCAAAGUAGUCAGCCAGUAGGACUAACUGCUCGAAAACUUGAUGUCCUCACCCUUGAUUAGCUCGCUUAAGAGAUUAGCAGACACUCAGAACCUUACGAAGAAGGGACAGGCCCUCGGCCUUUUGUCGUUUAAAUAAAAUGCUGGAAAUCAACCAUGUGCCAAGAUACACGGUCACUAUUGGUUUGAGCCAAGAGAGAUUUUCGAAUAUUUGUCAAUGUUUACGGAACGACAGAUUAAAGCUGGAUUGUCUAUGUGGACACGGAAUUGCAUCAAUAGUUUUACAGUUUCCCGAUUAUGAAUCGUGAUACUGCAACAAAAGAUAGUGUUAUUGGAGGGUUUACAGUUAUAAAUGAGAAAACAAAAUCAAAAGUACAAAAUGUCCAAGAAGUUCUCCCCCUUUGGAUUACAAAGCCUGAACUUUUCUCAUCUGAUCUUAAACAAUCUCUUUCUGUCAAUGAAGUAGCUAAGCUUGGUCAGUUUUUACGGCUGCGACUAAGUGAAAUUGGUAUCACUCAUUUCUUUCCUGUUCAGUCUGCUGUAAUCCCUUACAUGUUAGAUUGUUAUGUCACUUCUAAACAUCGGCCAUUAUGUCGGCCAAGAGACAUAUGUAUAUGCGCACCGACAGGAAGUGGGAAAACACUAGCCUAUGCUGUGCCAAUCAUCCAACUAUUUCUUAAUAGGGUUCAUAGAUUUAUUCGAGCUUUGGUCAUUGUUCCAGUCAGAGACUUAGCUGUUCAAGUGUACAAAACCUUCAGUCAGCUGGUUAAUGGAACAGAUAUUCAGGUUGGAGUUCUUGCUGGUAUCAAAAGUUUUAGUAAAGAACAAGAAGAUAUCAUAAACCUUACGGAUGAAAGUUACUCUGCCAAAGUUGAUAUUGUAAUAGCUACACCUGGACGUUUAGUAGACCAUUUGUACAAUACUCCUGGUUUCAGUAUGGAACGCUUGAGAAUCCUGGUAAUCGAUGAAGCCGAUCGAGUGAUAGUGGAAGAAAAACAAAACUGGUACCAUACUUUGGAGGAUGUAUUGUACUAUUACACAUCUUCAAUCAGUCAGAAUAGUUGGUCCAAUGUCUCUGUACGCAAACGUUCAAGACCUAUACCAACUGUUGGUUAUCAUUACGAUAGGAGUGUUGAUAUUACUUUGCAAAAGAUACUUGUUUCUGCCACACUGACUCAUGAUCCAGAACCAUUAAAACAGUUUAAUUUACACUUCCCUAUUUUAUUCACUUCAAAUCGAAUACACCACAACAACAACACUCUUGAUACAGUUUUAAAUGAUCACGAGAACGCAGAAACUAAUUCGUCCGAAAUAAAAAAGCAAGUGAAAAAUGAUGAAAAUAGAGAAACCUCUAAUGUUAUUUCACAGUUAAAAUCAAGUGAAAAUCAUACGACUACAGGUGUUGGUCAGUUUUUAAUCCCUGAAAGUUUAGAGGAAUUUCUUGUAACUGCAAAACCGGAUAUCCGUGUAUUGUUUCUUGUGUAUUUGGUGCGUCAAAAACACAAAAAACGUAUCUUAUGCUUUGCAAAUACAGUAGAUUGUGCUAAACGCUUAAAUAUGCUCUUGGCUAGCUUUCAAGGUAUAAAGAGUAAAUUCUUGUCAAGUCAUUUACAUCCGGAUAAACGUCAAAGAAUAUUAAAUCUAUUCAGUGUUGGAUUGUGUCAAAUUCUAGUUUGCACAGAUUCUAUGGCUCGCGGCAUAGAUAUUAAUGAUGUGGAAUGUGUCGUAUCUUAUGAUGUACCACCUAGUAUCAAAAUCUACAUUCAUCGAAUUGGGCGUACAGCUAGAGCUGGUAAGAAAGGAACCGCAUACAGUUUAUUGUCAACUAACCAGUUCUAUCACUUUAAGAAAGAUCUCAAGCGUGCUGGUAGAAAAAAAAUUAAACAAUUACAAUUUCAUCAAAGUAAAUGGUCACAUUUCAAUGCAGAGUAUCAGGUUGCAUUAAGGAACUAUGAAAUGAACAUGAAGAUUUCAGAUAAAAAAUACCCCAAUGAUCUUUCAAGACAAGUGAAUAAUAACAAAAUUGUUUCGGAAGAAUCAAUGCAAAACAUUAAGAAGCCGAAGAGUAAACGUAAAAAAAGUACAAAUGAAAUGCUGAGUUGAAAUUGAACAACAUAAUUUUACUGUAUAUUAUUACCAACAUGACUUUACAUGUAUAUAGGCAUUACCUGUAUAGUAACCCCAAAUAGAUUUUGUAAACAAAUAAAUUAUUUGUUAAGAAGUGAACACUGAGUUUUAACUUCAUGUUACUGAGAUAUUUCGGUAUUCUAAAAAGAGUUUAAUGUGUGCAUGUAUGUCAAUAGUCUGGGUUUUGUUUGUUUACUUGGUAAAGGUUGAUAUACUUCUUUAUUCUUGCUUCCUUAUAUUUGUAUAAUUUGAUAUAGGAUGGUUGUAUUUCAACAGUCAUCUUUGGUUAUUUCAGGAUGAUUUACAUUCCAAUCCAUAUAACACAUGAACUAGGGAAUGAUUUUUCUGACACGAAACCAUUUACAUUAUGUUAAGUAGACUAAAUAUGCAGUUGAAUCUUACUGUAUAUGAACUUGUAAAUUUAAUUGAACUAGUCAUGAUUCAUAAACUCAAUCGCCUUGAUAUAUACAUUAAGCGGAUUGUUUGAUUAAACUUCAAUUUUGUAUAUCACAAAUCAUCUACCCUAACCAAAUAAUGUAUUCAAAAUAAUAAAUUUAUAAAUGUAGUUGAAAAGGUG